AUGACAUCAAAGCGUAACGAUCAUUAUUUUCAUACCUCUUAUUCUUUAAAUUUUCUUUUGAAUAAUAAUUCAACAGACGAUGAUUCUACAUCAUUUCCAAGUUUAGAUAUAGAUCAAAUUUUUGGUCUACGUAAUUUAUCUUCAAAUUUAAAUACACUUUUAAAUCAUCGACGUAGAUCAAGUACAAGUUUAAUAAACUCAAGUGCAAAUAAUAAAGAUUCAAAUAAAAGUGUUGUCAUCAUUAAUGGUUCUCUAUUUGAUGCACAAUUAUUUCAACCUAUUCGUUCAUCUUAUAUUAUUGAUUAUGGAAAUACAUCACAAGAUCUCAAUCGACAUCUUGAAGGUCACAACAUAUCAUCAAAAUGUUCAACAUUAGAUGCUCAUCUAUUCAAAUUAGCAUUUAUAAUAACAUUAUCAGAUGGGUACGUUGAUAAUGAAGUUUUAGUUGAUUAUUGUCCACAUAACAAUACCAAUGUGAAUAUUCUUGAUGAAAUUUCACAUUAUAAACGAUUUUGUUUUCCUGAAUUAAAUUCUAAACGAAAAUCUAAAGGACAAUUUUUAAAUGAUAAAUCAACAUAUGUUUUUACACGAACACGUUCAAAUGGACAAGUUGAAUAUGGUUAUUGUCGACGAUUGACAACAAAUUCUAAUCAAGUAACAAAAUUUCCCAUUGUAUUUUGUAUAGUUUCGGCUUAUUCAUAUUUUAAACUUUACGAUGCUAUUUUAAAUGAAAUAACUAAAGUAUACUUAACAAAUGAAUUUGAAUGUAAUUUUUUAAUACAAUCAUUCUAUUCGAAACCAUUACCUGUGCCUACUCUAAGUUCAUCAGGUAUAAUAUGUAUGCUAAAUGAUCGUCGCAUAUUUUAUUAUUUAUGUCCACGUGAUAAUCGUCUUAAUCAUGAUUAUUAUUCUACAUUACUUUCAUGUCUAUCACCAAAUCAUAUCGUUCAGUUAUUUGAAUCAAUAUUAUGUUCAAAACGUAUAUUAGUUUUUUCACGUUCUCCAUCAAAAUUAACAAAAUGUUGUCUUGCUUUAUCAUUGUUAAUUUAUCCAUUUAUAUGGUCUUUUCCAUUGGUUUCAUUAAUGCCAUCAUUAUGGUUGCAUGAUUUAGUCGAAUCUCCAUGUCCCUAUAUAUAUGGUUGUUUAUAUGAAACAAUACAAGAUAUACCAUCAACAGUUGAUCAUGAUGCAAUACAUGUUGAUCUUGAUUUAAAUACAAUUGCAGAUCCUACUGAUAAUAUAUAUUUAUUACCACUUAAUCUUCGACGAACAUUCGAAUCAUCACUCGAAUAUAUCAUUAAAUAUCGUUUCAGAAAAGUAAACUCAAAUUUAAUUAAUAUAGCUGUCAGUGAAGCAUGCUUAAAUGUAUUCAUAGAAUUAUUUUAUCGUUUACCAGACUUUUUUAAACAAAAGAAUAUAUCAACAAAAAAAAAUGAUGACCAAUGUUCGAUGUGUUCAAAUUAUUUUAUAGAGUCUGAUAGUGAAAAUGAUCUUGAAUCGCUUGUAUCUGUUGAUUUAGAACAAACAACAACAACAACAACAACAACAACAACAACAAAUAAUGAGGAUAAACAAGAUAAAAAUCGGUUCGAUUAUGAUUUUCAGUCUGAAGAAUUUCUUAGUGCACAACCAAAAUCUUAUGUUUCAUUUCUUAAAGGAUUUAUUCAUGGAAUGAUAUUUUUAAAAUUUCUUGAUGAUUAUCAACAAAAUGAUGGUAAUAAUAAAGAAUUCUUUUUACUUUUUACUCAACGUUUAAAGGAACGACGUCAAAUGACAUCUGAUGAUCAAUCAAUAAAUCCAUUAAUAAGAUUCCAACAAACAUUUGAUUUAUUAGCAAAACAAAUUGAUCAAGUAUCUAAACAAGCAAAUCCAUCUUUUUCAAAAUAUUUGAAAAAAAUUUUUGAACAGAACUAA